AUGUCAAGAAUACUAUCAUUUAUAAAGAGAAAUAAGAUUGCUUUGGUAGCAGGUGCUGGCACUGUAUGGUUUGUGCAAGCGACUAACUUGUUCUCGCCGGGUUCGGUCGAGUCAUAUUUGGAUAAACAGGAUCGUAUAAAUAAGACUGCUUACUCGGUGAUGGAGCCAAGCAGGUUGGUGACCGCACCUCUGCCCACACGUGCACAACAGUUGGCCAAACUGGCGGCGCUAACCGAGCCGCUGGACGUUGUGGUCAUUGGUGGCGGUGCUACGGGCUCAGGUGUGGCACUCGAUGCUCAAACACGUGGACUCAAUACCGCACUGUUUGAGCGCGCAGACUUUGCCAGUGGCACAUCCAGUCGCUCGACCAAGUUGCUACAUGGUGGAAUAAGAUACUUGGAGUCUGCCAUUAUGAACUUGGAUUAUGAGGACUUGCACUUGGUGAAGGAGGCAUUGCACGAGCGAUCAAACUUGUUGAACAACGCACCACAUCUGUCGAGUGCACUCCCAUUGGCCAUCCCUAUAUUCAACGUCAUCGACCUGCCCAAGAUGUGGAUCGGCACCAAGCUGUACGACUUUUUCUACCCGGGUAACGACAUCCCGGGCUCAUACUACAUGUCCAAGAGCAAGACCUUGGAAAUGUUCCCACACAUGCGCGACGGAUGCCUCGGCUCGAUGGUCUACUAUGACGGCCAGCAUAAUGACGCUCGCAUGAACCUCUCCAUCGCGCUGUCGGCCGCAGCCGCUGGCGCUGUCACAAUGAACUACACACAAGUGGUCGAUCUGCUCAAGGACGCCAACAAUAAGGUAACAGGUGUAGUCAUUCAGGACAGGAUGACAGGCACCAAGUAUGAGGUCAAGGCCAAGUGUGUGGUCAAUGCCACCGGCCCCUUCACAGACGCUGUCCGCAAGAUGGAUGACCCCGCCACCCAGCCCAUCGUGUUGGGUGCCAGCGGUACACACUUGAUCCUGCCCGCGGCAAUGUCACCUCGUCACAUGGGAUUGCUCAAUCCAAAGACCAAAGACGGAAGAGUGCUCUUCAUCCUGCCAUUCGAGGGCCGCACUAUUGCAGGCACGACAGAUCACACCUCGGACAUUACAUACACACCAAAGCCUACUAGUGAGGAUGUCAAGUUCAUCUUGGAAACAGUAUCAGAGUACUACACUGUACCACUGACAGAGAAGGAUGUGAUGGCAGCAUGGACUGGCAUCAGACCAUUGGUGAAGAAGUCGGUGGACAUGCCAACAUCCAAGGUCAACAGGAGUCAUACUAUACUUACCAGUCCAUCUGGAUUGGUGACGAUCACCGGUGGCAAGUGGACCACCUAUCGAUCAAUGUCCGAGGAGACCGUCGACAAGGUCGUCUCACAGCUCAAGGCCUUCACGCCAAAGGCUGGACAUACCGCCAAUAUGGUGCUCUACGGUGGUGACAAGUACUACAACGACAUUGAUAAGUAUUUGGUCAAGAACUUCAAUGUUGAAGAGGAUGUAGCACAUCAUUUGGCACACACUUAUGGAGAUCAUGCAAUCAAUGUAUUGCAGUUGGCAAAGGAUAAGGGAUUGGAGAAGAGACUGACGCCAGACUAUCCUUACAUCGAGGCAGAGGUGUUGUACGCUGUGUCAGAGUACGCCUGUACACCAGAGGACAUCAUCGCGCGCAGGACUCGUCUAGCAUUCCUUGACAACAAGAAAUCCGUUGAAGUAUUGCCCAGGAUCGUUGACAUCAUGGCAUCAUCACUUGGUUGGAACAAACAGACCAAAGAGAGACAGUACAAAGAAACAUUGGACUUCCUCAAGACUAUGACAUUCGAACAACAAAGC